AAUGCAUGACUGUAAUCCAGCCAGCCUGUGGAUAUUUAAUGGCUAGUCGUGGGACGGACCCUCAGCUAGUAUCUCGGAGCUAGAGCUUGAACACUUGAAGCGAGGCAUUGUAUCAGAAGUCAGCCAGUAACAGUGCAGUGGAUACUAUUAUUUUGAGAAGACAGCUGUGCCGUGAGACGAGGAAAUGGCGGAGCACAUGAGUCAAGAAAAUGGUGACACUAUCAUUUCUCCUACAAAGAGUCCAGGCAAGUCAAGGAAGAUCACACUAGGGUCAUUGUUCAAAAGGUCGGGAACUGACGAACUUAGAAGCUCUAGUAAAGAAAGAGGUAGCAGUCGAAGCAAAAAGAAGAAGAGCGAUACAACUGAAUCAAAUGUACAUCAUGACACACAUACACGCCUGACUGUCUCUAUGGAAACCGGCAAAAAUGACGAACAAAGAGCAGCUGGCAAUAUAAAAGAUAUCUCGUUGAUGCAGUUUAAAGAAUUCGAUGAAGAAUUACAAGAACCAGAACAAAAGAGUGUUGCUGACCUAUCCUCAAAGAAAGUGCAGAAAAAAAACAAGGAACUAUCAAAACAGUAUACACAGCUUGCAAAAUCAGUUGAUGCUCUCAAGAAAGAACGUGAAGAGUUACUCUCGGACAAACAUAAACUUAAGAGUGAGAACAAGACACUCGAACGAGAUUUAAGAAGAGCCAGUUCUAAGGGAGAGCCACGUCUGAGCAAGAAGUCCUCUCAAAUGUCUGUCGAGAUUGAACUGGACACAGUCGAAGAUAUGGCACUAAAGAUACAAUCCCUAGAAGCACGUCUUGCAGAGAGGGAUGGAAAACUGAAGAAAGUACGUGAUAGGUUGCAAAGAUUGAGCUCUGAGCUGCCUGGUAUUGGACCGCCCUCGUUAAGCCCCACCUCCUCUCGGAGAGAAAGUGAAAUAAUAUCUCCAAUGGAGAUAUCACAACAAAAUGGUGUCAUACUAGACUCUUGUUCUGUUGAGAUUAUUUUGGAUGAGAGGAACGAAAUCUCGAGUUAUAAAGCAGAGAAUGCCGAGCUGAGAGCUAAGGUGGCUAGCUUGGAAAAUAAUGUUGUACAGCUACAAUCUGUUAUAGGCAGUAAAGAAGGAGGAGAAAAUAAGACCCGGAAACGGUCCGGGAGCAUUUUUAAGCGAGGGAAAGCUUACUCAAAGAGUAUGGUCAUGAAGCAAUCAGUUGACGUUGUUAGUGAGAAAGAAGCCAUUAAAGAUACACGGCGAUCAAAAAGCCCCGAUUUCCUAAGCGCGUCUGUUUCCUACCAAGAUAUGUCUGAUACCAGUGUCCUGGCGUGCACAGACCCGAAGGCUGUGGGUAGCUUGCCGAGUUUUGUAUAUUCUGGUCUCUCUCCUCGCUCGGCUGCAAAACGAGCACAUGGUGACGUCCAAACGCUACAGUCCUAUCUCAAAACGGCCAUUGAAGAGAAGAAAUCGCUAAGUGAAAAAAAUGAACAACUUGAAGCCGAGGUUGUCAUGGUAAAAGCAAAGAUUAAAGAUCAAAACAAACUAUCUGAAGAGCGAGAACAGUCGUUGCAAAAACUUGAGUGUAUGAGAGAUAGGCUAGUCAGAGAAAAGAAAGAGCUGUCGCAGAAAGUUUCUACUCUGCAGUCGACUAGUGAACAACUAAAAUCAGACAAUUUAUCUCUAAAGAAACAGCAUGCUUCUUCUAUCACCAAAAAAGAUGUGGAAAUCACAAAUUUGAAGAACGAAAUUAAAAAACUGAAAGAAAAACUUGAGGAAAGUGAAACCAUGCGGAAAGAGAGUGAGGAUGUUUUUGUACCGCCCACUCCACAAUCCACACCAAAACGAGAAGUUAAAGUAGCAAAAACUGUUGUAACGAAGCCUCCAGUUGGUCCCACGUCGCAGACCAAACCCUCGGUGAAAGACGGUGAGGGCGAGAAAACACGUAAAACGAGUCAACCGCGAGUGAGACGUCGGUCUUCAUCCUCUUCACUUGAGGAACAUUUCGAUAGUGUGUCCAAUACUCGAGCAUUGUUUGAACAGAAGAUUGUCACUUUCAAAGACGAUAAGCAAAGUCCAAAAAGAUCGCUGAGAAAGACGUCUUUAACUGACGAGCGUAGAGGAAGUUAUAGUAGCUCCUCAUCUGCUCUUAAACCAAAUAUCAGCCAUGCCAAAUCAAGUUCUUUCGAUGCGUCAAAUAUCGUUCUUCACGAGAACUCUAAUCAAAAACGCACAUCACCUCCAGCAAGUGUCAGAAACAAAACUGUCGCUGAAAGCCCCUCAGCAUCUUCUAAGCCUAAAACUCUGAACAUUAGCAAAUCUGACACCAGUAGCACAACUACAUCAGUGAAAUCAUUUACUUCAACUAACAAGGAAAUAAGUCCUGUGACCAAGGUGUCGAAGAUAAUCGUCAAAUCGACUGCAUCUCCUACAAGCUCUCCAGUUUUUGGCAGACAAAUAUCAACAGAUAAAAGUGUCAAUGCAUCAUCUGUUUUUCAGAGGCAAACGUCGGUUCCUGUAACAGUUAGUACAGUACACACUACUACUACUACCUCUUCAACAUCCAAGAAAACUAACGGAGUGGUCUCUCGAAACUUGUCUGUCGAUUCCAAGAAGGAUGCAAUAGCUUCAAGUACUAAACGAACAGUUGUCAGCCCUGUGAGAACCAACAGUGUUAUUGUAACCACAACCAGUGGUACAAAUGGUCUUUCAUCUGCUUCCAAAGUAACUGUCACUACCACUAAUACAAACACGAAUACCGAUUUCAUCAGACGUAAUCCAAAAAAUCAGCCACGUCCGCAAUCUGUAUUGCUAGUACCAACCUUCUCCAUCCACAAAGCUAACUCUCUACAGAACAUUCCCGAGAAAACGGCCUCUGAGGUCACCAUUGAAGCAAGUCCGCCUCGUUCAACUCCUACAGAUAGUACUGUACAAGCUCCACAGCAAAGUCCCGUAGCACGGAGGUACCAAAGAAGGGAAAGAAAUGAACGUCCCAAGACUAUGUACGCAGGGAGAGCUGAGACUACUAAUCUUGUCAAUCUUAUCUCGAGGUUCCAAAAACAAGAAACAGAAGUGAAGAAGAGUGACAAUGCAAGCAAAUCUCCACCAGCAACGGUAACAAUAAAGACGCCUCAGAUCAGUGUACUGUCUCCAGCCACUCCCACCACCAAGACCACUCCCAGCACACCUCCUGCUACUGGCGUUGUAUUGAGGAACUCAUCUUCUCGUUCUCCAAGACCAAAAACAUACUAUGGAGCUCCAAAUGAAAAGGUUGUUACUGUGAGGCCCCCCUCUAGUCCUGUAUCGUUCAAGAAACCACCCCCCAGCGAAAGACCUCUACUGAGGGCGCAAACAGUCGGCUCUGGACUCGGCUUCAACAGACAGUCAAAGAAAGCCAUGCUCCUUAGGUGGUGCCAAAGAGAGACCAAAGAUUACGACAAUGUACGUCUUCAGAACUUUGAUUCUAGCUUUUCGGAUGGUAUGGCAUUCUGCGCUCUCAUGCAUCACUUCAUACCAGACAAGAUUCCAUACUCCUCCCUCAGUGCAAAGAACAGGGAACAUAACUUUACACUGGCAUUCAAUGUAGCUGAAGAAGCUGGUAUCCCCUCCCUACUGGAUGUUGAAGACAUGGUCCAACUAGCUGUACCUGACUGGAUGUCAGUAAUGACCUAUGUCUCCUUCAUUUACAACAAAUUUGGACAACCGCAAAGCAGUACUUAGUUAGCUUAUUUUCAUAACAUUGUUUUUUAACACUUGCAACAGCUUGAAUUUUGUGUUUUUCAAUAAUAAUCAGUUGACCUCUA